GCAUUUGGUGACGUAUUGGGCAGUGAUGCUUACGAAGUAACCAACCAGUAACAUAGAAACUUCUCCGAACUUCCUUCCUCGAAAGAUCACUACGGAAUUGACCUAAUAAAAAGCUUGCUGUUUCUUUGUCGAUGACUCUAAAGAUAGAUACACCCAAUGGCCGCUAAACUCAUGAUACAGAAAUUUUUUGCAUCGAUCCAUGUCUGUUGAUUCGGCAUCGUCGAGUACUUCACUUGCUCCUGGGUUUCGAUUCCACCCAACUGAUGAAGAACUGGUUCGCUACUACCUCUGGCGUAAGAUCUGUCGGAAACCCUUCCGCGUCGACGCCAUCUCCGAAAUCGACAUCUACAAAGCCGAGCCUUGGGACCUCCCAGGUAAGUCAAGGCUGAAGACUAGGGACUUGGAGUGGUACUUUUUCAGUGUGCUUGAUAAGAAAUAUGGAAAUGGAUCAAGGACAAACCGUGCAACUGAAAGAGGGUAUUGGAAGACAACGGGGAAGGAUCGUGCUGUAUACCAUAGGUCGAAGACUGUGGGAAUGAAGAAAACUUUAGUUUUCCACAGUGGUCGGGCUCCACGGGGCGAGAGGACUAAUUGGGUCAUGCAUGAGUACAGGCUCAUUGAUGAGGAGUUGGAGAAAGCUGGAAUUCUUCAGGAUGCAUUCGUGCUGUGCCGAGUAUUUCAAAAGAGUGGUUCGGGGCCGAAGAAUGGGGAGCGGUAUGGGGCGCCAUUUAUUGAGGAGGAGUGGGAGGAGGAUGAGUUGGAUGUGAUCCCGAAGGAGGAGGCUGCAGAGGAAGUGGUAGUUGCUGAUGAUGCGUACUUAGGUGGAAAUGACCUUGAGCAGAAAGCUGCUUCUUACCAGAUUCUUGGGACAAACUUUCCAUCAGAAGAUGCUACCCUUCUGCCAAACUUCUAUUUUGGGGAUAAUAGCAACUAUGCUGAGCAAUCAACACAGUUUAUUGAUAAUGCACAACAGCUCUUGGUGGGUGAGGAUCUAGAUCAUUGCAGUCUAGGACAGCCUGAUGACCAGAAGUUAUUUGAAUUGCCAGUGCAAUAUGAUACGAAUGCAAAACCUGAGAAGCAAGAGCACAUUGGUGAAUCAAGCAAGACCAUGAAUCCUGUGGAUGUAGAUUACUUACUUGAUGAGCCAUUCUUGGAUGCCAGUGAUAACCCUCAAUUUGAUGAUGGAGCAUUUCUGGAAACUAAUGACCUUUCUCUUCCCCUUGAGGCAGAUCCCGUGGCUUAUGACAUGCUUGAAGAGUACCUUACCUAUUUCGAUGCAGAUGGUGACAAGUUGCAGUUCAUGGGUUUUGACUCUUCAAAUGUGAUGGAACAUGAGAAUCUUGUUUCUGAUCAAGCAUCACUCACCCAGGAGGUGAAUGGAGAAACCCAGGAAGUGGAUUGUUCGAGCCAAAAGCUCUCAGAAGGACAUAGUAAUAGCAUUGCUUCCACUUCAAAGCAAGAGUUGACAAAAAUUGGAUCAGAUUUUCAGCACCCAUUCACCAAACAGGCUCAUCGCAUGCUGGGCAGUAUCCCUGCUCCACCUGUAUUUGCUUCAGAGUUCCCUACAAAAGGUGCAGCUCUUCAUCUGAAUUCUGCUUCUCAGUCUUCCAGUUCGGUCCAUGUUACUGCUGGUAUAGUCCAAGUAAGAAAUACAACUUUGAGUGGCAGUGGGACAGGCUGGUCGAUUGGUAAGCAUGAUUUCAAUGUUGUUCUCUCUUUUGACCUGUCACGAGGUGAUGGUAAUGAUGCCAUUCUGGAGCCAAUGGUUAGCAUGCUCACUGGAAAGGCUGGUCCGGCGAUAUCUCAGGGUUGGUUUUACUUUAUAUUCAUGUGGGUCCUGAUUAUUUCCAUGAGCUUCAAGAUUGGGACCUGUAUUUGUGCCAAGUAA